ACCCUAUUUUUCCCUCUAUAAAAGCAUUUACCUCAAAGGGAGAAAAGAACCACACAAAAAUUCCCUCAAUUAGUAAAGCAAAAACAUAGUUUACUAAAGUUGAUAGAUGGGAGAUGUUAAGUUGCUUGGUCUAUGGUAUAGCCCUUUUAGUCAUAGAGUUGAAUGGGCUCUCAAGUUUAAGGGUGUCCAAUAUGAAUUUAUAGAACAAGAUCUACAAAAUAAGAGUCCAAUACUUCUUGAAUCCAAUCCAAUUUACAAGAAAGUACCUGUGCUAAUUCAUAAUGGCAAGCCCAUAUGUGAGUCAAUUGUCAUUCUUGAAUACAUUGAUGAGGUAUUUGAAGGUCCUUCAAUCUUGCCUAAAGACCCUUAUAAUCGAGCUUUAGCUCGAUUUUGGGUAAAGUUUUUUGAAGACAAGGGUCCAUCAAUGAGGAAAAGUAUUCUUCUCAAAGGAGAGGAGCAAGAGAAAGCUAAAGAGGAAGUUUUUGAGAUGUUGAGAAUUCUUGAUAAUGAGCUCAAGGGUAAAAAGUUUUUUGUGGGUGACAAAUUUGGAUUUGUUGAUAUUGUUGCAAAUGCUGGGGCACUUUGGCUUGGAGUUCUUGAAGAAGUAUCUGGAGUUGUUUUGGUGACAAAAGAAAAAUUUCCAAAUUUUUGUGUUUGGAGAGAUGAAUAUUGCACGCAGAACAAAGAAUAUUUACCUUCAAGAGAUGAAUUGCUUAUCCGUUUCAAAACCUAUAUUUAGCCUGUUAAUGCUUCAAAAUGAGUACACCUCUAGUAAAUUUCAAGAUUUUGUGUGGCAAUAAAAGUUAGACAUGGAUUUAGGGAUUAGUUUUUGUUAAUUCAAUUGAAGGUUGAUUUCGAAUUGAACUAGUGGUAUGUAAGAAAAAAAAUAUGCAUGUUAUAAGAUUCCUCUUUAAUUCAUUUUAA